AUGCCUGUCAUCAACUCCAUCAUCGCCCGCGACGCUGUUCACCAGCUCGCGAAGCGCGAGAACUGGGCCUCCAAAGAGGCCGGUGUUAUUGUCGUCUUCGCUAUCGUAUUCCUCGUCGCCGUCGGCGUCACCGGUCUUUGUAUUUCCCGCUGCCUCUCACGCCGCAAGGCCAAGCGCCUGGCUACCGAGUCCCGUGCCUAA